CUUUCUUCAUCUCAGCAGCGCUCCACUUUUUUCUUGUUUCUCUUUGAAGCCCAGACAUGAAAAAUGACUCAUUCUGUUCCCCUUUAAUGGAAGAUUAGAGAAAUAUUGCUUUGACUGGAUUGUCCCCACACAGACAGGUGCGGGCAUGACGUGGGGGGCGCUGUACGCCCAGCUGGGCGGAGUCAACAAGCACUCCACCAGCCUGGGCAAGAUCUGGCUGUCGGUGCUGUUCAUCUUCCGCAUCACCAUCUUGGUUCUGGCGGCCGAGAGCGUUUGGGGCGACGAGCAGUCGGACUUCACGUGCAACACGCAGCAGCCGGGCUGCAAGAACGUCUGCUACGACCAUUUCUUCCCCGUCUCGCACAUCCGCCUGUGGUGCCUGCAGCUCAUCUUCGUGUCCACGCCCGCCCUCCUGGUGGCCAUGCACGUGGCCUACAGGAAGCGCGGCGACAAGAGGACCAUCCUGGCCUCCGGCGGCGGCGGCGACCUGGAGACCUUGAAGAGGCGUCGGCUGCCCAUCACGGGCACGCUGUGGUGGACGUACACCUGCAGCCUCUUCUUCCGCCUGCUCUUCGAGGGCGGCUUCAUGUACGCGCUCUACUUCGUCUACGGAGGCUUCCGGAUGCCGCGGCUGGUGAAGUGCGAGCAAUGGCCGUGUCCCAACAAGGUGGACUGCUUCAUCUCCAGACCCACGGAGAAGACCGUCUUCACCAUCUUCAUGGUGGCCUCCUCCGCCACCUGCAUGGUGCUCAACGUGGCCGAGCUGGUCUACCUGGCGGCCAAGGCGCUGCUCAGGUGCUCGGGCCGCGCCAACAGGAAGUUGUCGUACGGCCGCAAGGAGACGGUCACCGGGGACGACGCCGUCCUGCAGAACCGCAAGAACGAGCUGCUGAUCUCGGACUCUCCCGGCCGCAAGACCGCCUGCUGAGGGAGCGUCUUGUCGGCGUGUGGCGGCCCGGAUUGUUCUAGAAACGCCAAAUCGACAAAAUGGAUGUUUGGACAAAAGUGUUGGGACACAAUCCGAGGUCGGGUCAGAGUGGGACAAAAUAAAGACUAUCUGGGGGGUUUUGUCCCUAGUUUUGCCCGUCUGACCAAUCAUCUUACGUCUUAUGUCACAGGUCUUCAACAGGUCUUUAACAGGUCUUUACUAGAUGCUUAAGAGGUCUUUAACAAGUCUCUAAAAGGUCUUUAACAGGCCUUUAAGAGGUCUUCAACAGGUCUUUAAGAGGUCUUUAACAGGUCUCUAAAAGGUCUUUAACAGGUCUCUAAAAGGUCUUCAACAGGCCUUUAAGAGGUCUUCAACAGGUCUCUAAAAGGUCUUUAAGAGGUCUUUAACAGGUCUCUAAAAGGUCUCUAAAAGGUCUUCAACAGGCCUUUAAGAGGUCUUCAACAGGUCUCUAAAAGGCCUUUAAGAGGUCUUCAACAGGUCUUUAAGAGGUCUUUAACAGGUCUCUAAAAGGUCUUUAACAGGUCUCUAAAAGGUCUUCAACAGGCCUUUAAGAGGUCUUCAACAGGUCUUUAAGAGGUCUUUAACAGGUCUCUAAAAGGUCUUUAACAGGUCUCUAAAAGGUCUUCAACAGGCCUUUAAGAGGUCUUCAACAGGUCUCUAAAAGGCCUUUAAGAGGUCUUCAACAGGUCUUUAAGAGGUCUUUAACAGGUCUCUAAAAGGUCUUUAACAGGUCUCUAAAAGGUCUUCAACAGGCCUUUAAGAGGUCUUCAACAGGUCUCUAAAAGGCCUUUAAGAGGUCUUCAACAGGUCUUUAAGAGGUCUUUAACAGGUCUCUAAAAGGUCUUUAACAGGUCUUUAACAGGUCUUUAACAGGUCUCUAAAAGGUCUUUAACAGGCCUUUAAGAGGUCUUCAACAGGUCUUCAAUAGAACUCCUGAACUAUUUGCUUGAUUAGACCUUUUUUAUAUUUAUUUUUGAUUCCCCUUCACGAAUGUAAAAGUCUUUAAGUACACACUAACUACACGACGACUACUCAAUAACACAUGAAAUACACAAUAAAUGCAAACUACACAAUAACAUUAAAUACACAUUAACUACUUAACACAUUAAAUACACAACAUCACAUUAAGUACACGACGCCACGUUAAAUACACAUAAAACAGAUACGAAGAUGUGUGACAGAUAAAACAUGUGUUACACAUACAAAGAUGUGUAACACACAAAAACAUGUGUAACAGAUACAAACAUGUGUAACAAAUACAAACAUGUGUAACAGAUACAAACAUGUGUAACAGAUACAAACAUGUGUAACAGAUACAAACAUGUGUAACAAAUACAAACAUGUGUAACAGAUACAAACAUGUGUAACAAAUACAAAGAUGUGUAACAAAUACAAACAUGUGUAACAGAUACAAACAUGUGUAACAAAUACAAAGAUGUGUAACAGAUACAAACAUGUGUAACAGAUACAAAGAUGUGUAACAGAUACAAAGAUGUGUGACAGAUACAAACAUGUGUGACUGAUACAAAGAUGUGUAACACAUAAAAACAUGUGUAACAGAUGCAAACAUGUGUGACAGAUACAAAGAUGUGUAAAAUAUACAAAGAUGUGUAACACAUAAAAACACGUGUAACACAUAAAAACAUGUGUGACAGAUACAAACAUGUGUGACAAAUACAAACAUGUGUAACAGAUACAAACAUGUGUAACAAAUACAAACAUGUGUAACAGAUACAAAGAUGUGUAACAGAUACAAAGAUGUGUAACAGAUACAAAGAUGUGUAACAGAUACAAACAUGUGUAACAGAUGCAAA